UGGGUCGGCCAUGGCAUCUAUAAAACUAAGCGUUCUACCCCUCAUUCCUUCAUCUUCUAUCUGAUUCAAUUAAAAUUUCUCUCAAUUGUCUUCAAAUUUCUCUCUCAAGAUGCAGAUCUUUGUGAAAACUCUCACCGGAAAGACUAUCACCCUUGAGGUGGAAAGCUCUGACACAAUCGACAACGUUAAGGCUAAGAUCCAGGAUAAGGAAGGAAUUCCCCCGGAUCAGCAAAGGCUUAUUUUCGCUGGAAAGCAGCUUGAGGACGGACGGACUCUAGCUGAUUACAACAUCCAGAAGGAAUCUACCCUUCACUUGGUGCUUCGUCUACGUGGUGGUAUGCAGAUCUUCGUUAAGACACUUACGGGUAAGACGAUUACCCUUGAGGUCGAAAGCUCCGACACCAUUGACAACGUUAAGGCUAAGAUCCAGGAUAAGGAAGGCAUUCCCCCAGACCAGCAGAGGUUGAUCUUCGCAGGAAAGCAAUUGGAAGACGGCCGCACCCUAGCCGACUACAACAUCCAGAAGGAGUCUACUCUUCAUCUUGUCCUCCGUCUCCGUGGUGGUAUGCAGAUUUUCGUGAAGACCCUCACCGGAAAGACCAUCACUUUGGAGGUGGAAAGCUCCGACACCAUUGACAAUGUAAAGGCCAAGAUCCAGGAUAAGGAGGGCAUUCCCCCAGACCAGCAGAGGUUGAUCUUCGCUGGUAAGCAGCUCGAGGAUGGCCGCACCCUUGCCGAUUACAACAUCCAGAAGGAGUCCACCCUUCACCUUGUCCUCCGUCUCCGUGGUGGUAUGCAGAUUUUUGUUAAGACCCUCACUGGGAAGACCAUCACUCUGGAAGUUGAGAGCUCAGAUACCAUCGAUAAUGUCAAGGCCAAAAUCCAGGACAAGGAGGGAAUUCCCCCAGACCAGCAGAGGUUGAUCUUCGCUGGUAAGCAGCUUGAGGAUGGCCGCACCCUGGCGGACUACAACAUUCAGAAGGAGUCCACCCUUCAUCUAGUGCUGAGGCUGAGGGGAGGAAUGCAGAUCUUUGUGAAGACCUUGACCGGGAAGACCAUCACCUUGGAGGUGGAGAGUUCUGACACCAUCGACAAUGUGAAAGCUAAGAUUCAGGACAAGGAGGGGAUCCCACCAGACCAGCAGAGGCUGAUCUUUGCUGGUAAGCAGCUGGAGGAUGGAAGGACUUUGGCUGACUACAAUAUCCAGAAGGAGUCGACCCUGCACCUUGUCCUCCGUCUCCGUGGUGGUUUUUAGGUUCUCUAUCGUUGAUGAUGGUCGUGUGGUGUCGUCUGGCUGUGUCUGUUGCUGUGCCCAUUGUGGUGGUUGUGUGUUUGCAUGAUGGUCUCUAAUGAUCAUCUGCGUUGUUUUUUCUCUUUUCUGUUCCUUAGUGUGUCUCAUUCGUGAAUAAAAGUUGGGUUCUUUAUCA